AUUUGCAUUAUUAGAACAGGGUUUAGCAGCAGAUAGACAAUUACAGAAUGAUAAGGAAGUGAUAUUAGAGAUGUUACCAGAGGUAUCAGCUGUUAAUGAUUCUAUAGUUCAGCCCAAACAACAUGUGCUUAUUUGUAAAAAAAAUAAUAACCCUUCUAAUAAUAGUACAUCUAACUUCAAUUCAGUUAUAGAUCAGCCUAUUCACAAAGUGAUCAGAGUACCUAAUAAUAAUGCAAACAUCAAGUUAGUAAAAAAAAGGGAGACAGAUACUUUCUUAGAUAAGGUGUAUAAGAAAAGAGUUAGCGAUGAGAUUAGGCAGAAGAAUAGAGAAAAGAAAUUAUUGUAUGAAUUAUUUAUAGAGGAUUUAUCUGCUCCCUCCAGAGCCUCUUCUGUAACUCAGAAUGAAGAAUCUCAAUUACAUAAGAAGAAA